UUGCCAAGAUGCCCCAGUACGGUGACGUCGUAACGGGCCCACCCCGCGACGAGGACCGCGCGGCCUUGAUGGCCGAGGAUGGCCGCGUCAUCGCCGUGACCGUGCCACCGACGUACGGCGAGGUCGCGACGCCGACGCCGCCGGAAGAGCAGGCGCGCCAGCGCGCCGACGAAGAGGCUGCGACCCGCGAAGAGGCGGCUGGCGACCUCAUGCAUGGCGUCAACUCAUUCUGGGCCGUGCUCUGGCCCGUCUGUGUUACCAUGGUCAUCGCCAGCUUUGCCGUGGUCAACUUUCGAAGCGCCGCGCUGCAGGCGUCGAUGAGCACGUACCUCGUGUACAACGAAGUCCAAGGCGCCAAGACGAGCACGGUUGUCGGCCACUCGCUCGUCAACGCGCUGGUUGUCAUUGGCUUUGUGACCGUCCUCACCUUUUGCAUGGCGCUUCUCUACAAGUUCAACUGCAUGAAGCUGCUCGUGGGCUACAUCAUGUUUUCGUCGUCGGCAAUCCUCGGCUUUGAAGGCGGCCAGCUCGUCGACACCGUCUUCAACGACCGCUUCCACUGGCCGCUCGACUGGAUCUCGUUUCUUUUCAUCAUGGUCAACUUUGCCUUUGUGGGUGUCGCCGCCAUCUUUUACCAAAAGGGUAUCCCAAAGCUCGUGCAGAACGCCUACCUCGUGCUCGUAAGCGUCAUUCUCGCGUGGCAGUUUUCCAUGUGGCCCGAGUGGACGACGUGGAUCUUUUGCUUUAUGUUUGCCUGCUACGAUCUCUGCGCCGUCCUGACCCCGUGCGGGCCCCUCAAAGUGCUUAUUGGCCUCAUUGAGCAAAAGCAAGCGCCGAUGCCCGGGUUGCUCUACGAGGCUCAGAUCCGCGACGGCGUCGGCAACCGCCGCCAGCAGCAGCAUCAACAAGAAGAGCAGCAGCAACAGCAACAACAACAGCAGCAGCAGCGUCCGCAGCAGCCACCGGCGCCCGUCAAGUCGACGCCGGCGGCCCCGCGCCCCCGCGCCGCCCGCCGGACGCCAGCCUGCUGCCGAGCCGUCGACGGCGUCCCCUUCGAGCCGUACCCGUGCGAGACGGAGGCCGAGUUUGAGGCGCUUCUCGGGGCCUUUUACCAGCGCUACAGUCCCAACGACGUGUGGAAGGUCGAGCAGGUCGCGGCCAAGUUCUUCCUCAAGCAAGACCGCAUGUGGCCGUCCAUGUUCCACAAGUACCUCGUGUGCUCGUGCGGCACGGCCAGCACACCCUGCGACGUCCAAGUGGCCAUUGACAUGCGCAACGCGCGGCGCGAAGAGCGGGCGGCGGACGCCGAAGACGACAAUACGAUCAAGCUCGGGCUCGGCGACUUCAUCUUUUACUCGGUGCUCGUCGGGCGCGCGGCCAUGUACGACUUUUCCACGUUUGUCGUGUGCUUUCUUUGCAUCCUCAUGGGACUUGGCGGCACGCUCUUUCUCCUCUCCGUGCUGCACAAGGCGCUGCCGGCGCUCCCGAUCUCGAUCUUCCUCUCGAUUGCUUUUACUUUUGAUGGUGAAAUGCUCGACGACUAG